UCGACACGCUGACGCCAGCGUACAGAAUGAACGGGGAGAGUACCGCGGCAACAUCGGCGGCACGAUAACCACAACAACGAGCGAGAUCGGGGUUUGGAAGCUGCGUCCACUACACCAUCAGGUAAGUACCAUUAGCACGCCGCCUGCAGGAGUGGCCGGGGCGUCGAUAAUGGGGACCGAGAUUGAAGGGGAUGAGGGUGUGCAGGGCAUCCCUCCUGGCCUGCAGCACCCAAUGGAGCAGGAGCUGCCUUCUUCCUCAGUAUGGUGGGAUACGGCGUCAGCGGCAGAAAUCGUGGGCAUGUACAAGCAACAAAUACAAGAAGCAGUCACGAUGCUGCUGCGAGUGGAGGACAGGCUGCCAGUGGAGCUCCUUCAGGACGUAGAAGACACCUGUGUUGGAUGGGGGGAUGAGCUUCGAGAAAACGCUUCCUUGCUACAACUGGACACUCUUGACAAGGAGCACUCCCUUGACAAGGAGUACGCUAUAAACGACAUGCAAGAGUGUCUGACGCUAUUGAAGAAAUUACGAGAAAUUAUAGCACAACGACAGGCGGCAACUACCACCAACAGUCCACAGGUGGAUGAAGGAUGCCCGUGCAUAACACAGGGCCCGACUUGCAGCUGCCUGAUAAAUGAUGCAAUACUGGAGCAGGGCCUUCCGGAGACUGAUGGCAGGACGGAUGAGAUCCUCUGCAGCUGCCGGGGGCAGGAGCGGCUUAACGACCGGCCUAAAAGGCAAGACCUACAGAGGAUCAACAUGGGUAGGAUGGAGAGGGGCCAGGUGCCUGCUGGGAUGACUGCCGAGGUUUUCGUUUCUUGUGACAUGGUGGACAAGGGCCUCAGCUGCAGUCAAACGCAGGAUCGGACCGAUGAGCAUCAUCUGCGCGCUGCAGGCUCUCGGAAGGUUGCAAUGACGAACACCAGGCAACUUCCAUCUAGGCCGGUGCUUCAAACUUCUUCCCUGAGGAUGGCCUGCAAUAGGCCGAUCGGGGAAGCUGCCCUUUCUAUAAAACGAGAGGCAGGCCAUAGGCGUAGAUUGCACAAAUUUACACCAGGGAGAGGCUAUGCCUCGAGUGUGCUGGGAGGCAAGGCGCGGCAGUCCCAGCACAAGGGAACGCGAGGGGUGAUGACGCCGCAUUUGCAAAUGCGCGGAUGUGCAUGUCUGCUAUCGCAGCAAGUUACAGUGAGCCGUGGCUGGAAGCUGCUGUCGCCGGUUGCCGCGCUGUGGGUUGCACGGGUUUGUGGAGUCCUGGAGAAGCUCAUGGUUCAGAUGGACAUUUUGGCCGGAGGAAGACUUCCACUAGCUUAUUAUGCUCUUACGUAUGGCCUGGACCGAAGUCAGAUUGUAUCACUUACAUACAUGAGUCUAGAGUAUGUCAAAGGAACAAGAGCACAACUCAAGCUCCACUAGGAUUGUUGAAACCUUUGGACCAGUAGACUCCGUAUUUAUAGACUUUAUGGA